AUGGAGCAACCAGAUACCAACAACAGAAACACUAACAACCAAAACUCUAACAACUGGGAUAUUCACGAUCCCAGUCUCAUAGACAACCCUAACUUCAUGAUGAAUGACGUCUGGCGGAGUGAGAACGAGCAUCUACUAUGUGUUAUCUUUUUCAGGUUUGGGCAAAUUUACAUGAAAGUCGUUCCCAGGUUUAUGCAGAGAUUUAUCGAGUUUUCUGUCCUACUUGAGGCAUUGAUAUGCAUGUGUGGCCUCUUCUACCUCCAUUAUAACUUCAUACACAACGACCCCAACUGUUUGAACAACUUAACUUACAACAACAACAACGACAACCUAACUGACCUCACUAUACUUCGAAUUCAGUUCUUAAGGAGUAAAAAAUUUGACUUGGCCAACACUUUGAAGAGAAUUAAGUAUGGUGGACUCAAAGCCGAUUUAGUUCAGAAUAAUAAUUUAUUUGUAGGUUUCACUGAAAAAGAUGGGGAUGGGCAUAAUAUGAGUUAUUAUAAGGAGCCUGCUGCUUAUUAUAAUAACAUUAAUAUUCAUAAUUAUAAUUAUAAUGAGUCUUUGGUUUGCCUUCCUGAACAUUUCAAUGACACUAAAUAUACUAAAGGCCAUCAGAUCAACAGUGGUAGAUCGUUUGGCCCAGAAAAAAACCAUGUCAGGAUGGAGGAUGUUGAUUGGUUUAAAACUGAUCGGCUUCUCUACUCUGAUUUCAGGAGGGCUUUCUAUUGGUUGAAUGAGAUUUUGAAUCUACCAAUCACAGUGCCCGUCUUGUGCUACCUUGGUUUUGAAAAAAUUUUUACGACCAAGUCAGUAUCGACGGUUGAGUAUUCAAAAAAGAAUGACCUACUAGCUACAGAUGAAGAUCUAAGAAAAAGAUUAAACAUAACUACUACCGAUAUUUUAUUCGACCCCAUGUCUAACAAAUGCCUCGGCACAUCCAUAUUCUGCCGAGUUCUCCUCGACGAGUUUUUCGGCUUUCACGAUAUCAUCAUACUUUCACUGGAAAACUUGGAUGAAAGAAUUGGGGGGCCCAAAGGGUACAUAAAACUAAAUGACGAUCCGAGGACGAUAACUCGAAUUCGUGACAGGAAUAGUUAUACGUUUUUCGACUAUAUGACUGCCUUACUUACUAUGUACUUAUUUCUGCUUUUCUCAUCCUUUCUUCUUAAGUUCGGAUUCAACAAUCUUGUAAUGAUUUCAGAAGUACCUUUCCGAAUGGUUCAUCUUAAGAUAGUUCUUAUUGUUCAGAUGAUCACAUUCGUCUUAGCCAUCAUUGGUUGGUAUAAUGGCGUAUUCGUGUACAGCAAUUUGGAUGGCCGACCAGUUCUACAUGAUAUGCUGCCGAACGCAUCUCUCCAAGAAAAAUUGGCUCAACACUCAAUGCUCUACUUCUUCCACCAUUUCGAACUGCCGAACAUCAGGGCCCGUAUAGGGUUUGCCAUCGCCCUCCUACAACUUAAUAACAACAAUAAUAACAUUAUUAAUAACAACAAUAAUAAUAAUAAUAAUAAUAAUAAUAAUAAUAAUAGUGACAAUUACUUGUACUACGAUGUUAAUUACAACAUUACAAUUGCGUAUAAUGUGAUUCACAUUAUAGUUGAAGAUUUUAGCUUUGAAUGA